AUGGCUCCCGUUGAGGUUCAGCAGUACGACUACAUCGUCCUAGGCGGUGGAAGUGGUGGCAGUGGCAGCGGCCGUCGCGCCGCCGGCUGGUAUGGUGCGAAGACCCUGAUCGUGGAGAGUGGACGCUCCGGCGGUACCUGUGUCAACGUUGGCUGUGUCCCUAAGAAGAUGACCUGGAACUUCGCCUCCGUCAACGAGAACCUGCACGCGGCCAAGCACUACGGCUACACGGUGCCGGAGGACGUGAAGAUCGACUACAAGUACUUCAAGGAGCGACGCGACGCGACAAUCCAGCGGCUGAACGGGAUCUACGAGCGCAACUGGGGCCGCGAGGGGAUCGACCUGGUGCACGGGCGGGCGGGCUUCGUGGAGCCCAAGGUGAUCGAGGUGACGCUGGAGGACGGUAGCAAGGCGCGGUACACGGCGCCGCACAUCCUGAUCGCGACGGGCGGACGGCCCAGCAUCCCGGACAUCAAGGGCGCCGAGCACGGCAUCACCAGCGACGGGUUUUUCGAGAUCGAGGAGCUGCCGCCCAAGGUCGCCGUCGUGGGCGCGGGGUACAUCGCCGUGGAGCUGGCGGGCGUGAUGGGCGCCGUGGGCGUCGAGACCCACAUGUACAUCCGCGGCCAGGAGUUCCUGCGCAAGUUCGACCCGAUGAUCUCCAAGACCAUGACCGAGCGCUACGAGUCCGUCGGCAUCCACGUCCACCGGGGCCACCAGGGCUUCAAGGAGGUCCAGCUCCUCCGCGACGGCAAGGGCAAGGACAAGCUGCUCAAGCUGAUCCACCACGACGGCUCCGAGACCGAGGUCAACGAGCUGCUGUGGGCCGUCGGCCGCGUCCCCGAGGUCGAGGACCUGCACCUGGACAUCCCCGGCGUUAAGCUGAACAACAACGGCCACAUCGUCGUCGACGAGUUCCAGAACACCAGCGUCGACGGUGUCUAUGCCAUCGGUGAUGUCACCGGCCAGGCCGAGCUGACUCCUGUCGCCAUCGCCGCCGGCCGCCAACUCGGCAACCGCCUCUUCGGUGGCCCCGAGUUCAAGACCGCCAAGCUCUCCUACGACAACAUCCCCACCGUGGUCUUCUCCCACCCCGAGGUCGGCACCGUGGGUCUCACCGAGCCCGAGGCCCGCCAGAAGUACGGCGACGACCAGAUCAAGGUCUACCACACCCGCUUCACCGCCAUGUACUACGACCUGUACCCGGCCGAGGAGAAGAAGCAGAACCCCACCGAGUUCAAGCUCAUUUGCGCCGGCCCCGAGGAGAAGGUUGUGGGUCUGCACAUUCUGGGUCUGGGCUGCGGCGAGAUGCUCCAGGGUUUCGGCGUCGCCGUCAAGAUGGGCGCCACCAAGAAGGACUUCGAUAGCUGCGUCGCCAUUCACCCCACCAGUGCGGAGGAGUUGGUCACCUUGCGAUAA